CUGCAACACAACAACAUGGCCGAAACCCAAACUCAACACGCGAACGCGGCUACGAAAAACACGACAGAAACUCAACCAGUAAACAGAAUACACAUGGCAGAAGGCAAAGAAAACGUCAACCAUAAUGGCGGCAGUAAAAUCGUUGAAAUGGACGAGCAGUCGUCGGAUCUAAAGAUCGGCGAAACGUGUCUUGUUCGGAGGACAAAUGAUACGUGGCAUAAUGCAGAGAUUGUGCAGACUCGUAGUAACGAGAUGGAGGGGGGUCGCCGAGAGUUUUACGUCCACUACAAAGGCUUGAAUCGCCGCAUGGAUGAAUGGAUCGGCACGGAGAAACUCAACAUUGUACAGGAGCCGUCGGAGACCAAGGCUGGGGAAUCGGCCGUCAUCUUUGAUGACCAGCCCGACAGGAAGAUCACUCGUAACCAGAAGAGAAAGCAUGAUGAGAUCAAUCACGUCCAAAAGAGUUACGCUGAGAUGGAUCCUACCACUGCAGCAUUGGAGAGAGAACAUGAAGCAAUCACCAAAGUGAAGUAUGUGGAUCGGGUGCAGAUUGGCCGAUACGAGAUUGAUUCCUGGUACUUCUCUCCGUUCCCCGAGGACUACGGCAAACAGCCCCGGCUGUGGAUCUGUGAAUACUGCCUCAAGUACAUGAAAUUUGAGAAGACAUUUAGAAGACACUUGGGUGAAUGCAUAAGGAGACAACCACCGGGGCGGGAAAUCUACAGAAAGGGAACCAUCUCAGUCUAUGAGGUAGACGGCAGAGAUCAUAAGAUCUACUGCCAGAAUAUGUGUCUGCUCGCCAAGCUCUUCCUGGACCACAAGACGUUGUACUUUGACGUAGAGCCAUUUCUCUUCUAUGUCCUGACCGAGGUGGAUCGACAGGGUGCUCAUCUGGUGGGCUAUUUCUCAAAAGAGAAGGAAUCUCCAGACGGUAACAACGUGGCAUGCAUCCUGACCCUUCCGCCAUUCCAGAGAAAAGGUUACGGCAAGUUCCUGAUCGCAUUCAGCUACGAGUUGUCCAAGUAUGAAGGCACCGUAGGAUCGCCAGAGAAGCCCCUCUCGGACCUGGGCAAGCUGAGCUAUCGCAGCUACUGGUCCUGGGUCCUGCUGGAGAUACUGCGGGACUUCAAAGGAACUCUCUCCAUUCGAGAUCUCAGCAACAUGACGAGCAUUGCACAGAACGACAUCAUCACGACGCUGCAAUCCCUCAACAUGGUCAAGUACUGGAAGGGCCAGCACGUCAUCUGCGUCACGCCCAAACUCGUGGAGGAGCACCUGAAGAGCGCGCAGUACAAGCGCCCUCGCCUGACCAUCGACACCUCAAGCUUGAGGUGGGCCCCGCCGCGGAAAGCCAACAACAAAAUCGUCAAGACCAAGAAGUGACGCGGUGACGGGAAAAAAGGCGAGCGUGUAAAUAAUCUCCAAGCUUGUAUUAAAAGCUAGUGUAGCAUGUUGCGCGGCUCAAAAUAAGUGUCCAAGCUUGUUUGCAUAAGAGGAUUAUUCCACUUUACAAAAAAAAUAACAUUGACAAUGUUUCUUGGCGGCGCAAAAGAUGAGCGUGAACAUCCAGGAAUUUUCGACAUUGGCUUGUCUAGCUCCCAGACUUAUGUUCUUGACACUCAAUGGUUCUUGAGUCUGGAGUGCUGAAUGGUAAGACGAAGCAACCAGUGGAAACUGGUGUGCAAAUUCAUAGCUGUUUUCAUCAGCUGAUGUAAUCACACCCACCUAUAAGAUGUGCCAUCAUGCUAACUUUCGGCUAGUUUCGCAUCAACCCUAACUCCCUAGGCAUUUUCGCUAAGAUGUAACCUCCAUCCUGCAAAAUCCUCCAACUGCCUCCAUGUA